UAGAGGGCAGCGGGGAAAGCGGGUGGCGGGGCCGGGGCCUGAAGUGGUGGUGACGGCGCUGGCGGCGGCAGCUGAGGCGUUGGCCGAAGCCGCGCGAAGCCCAAAGCAAGAUGCUGGGAACUGGACCUGCUGCCGCCACCGCAGCUGCAGCCACCUCUAGCAACGUGAGCGUCUUGCAGCAGUUUGCCAGUGGCCUGAAGAGCCGGAAUGAGGAGACCAGGGCCAAAGCCGCGAAGGAGCUCCAGCACUAUGUCACCAUGGAGCUGCGAGAGAUGAGUCAAGAGGAGUCUACUCGCUUCUAUGAUCAGCUGAACCAUCACAUUUUUGAGUUGGUUUCCAGCUCGGAUGCCAAUGAGAGGAAAGGUGGCAUCUUGGCGAUCGCGAGCCUCAUAGGAGUGGAAGGUGGAAAUGCCACACGAAUUGGCAGGUUUGCCAACUACCUUCGGAACCUGCUCCCUUCCAAUGACCCAGUUGUCAUGGAAAUGGCAUCCAAGGCCAUUGGACGUCUUGCCAUGGCAGGGGACACUUUCACUGCUGAAUAUGUGGAAUUUGAGGUGAAGCGAGCGCUGGAAUGGCUGGGUGCUGACCGCAAUGAAGGCCGGAGACAUGCAGCUGUCCUGGUCCUCCGCGAGCUGGCCAUCAGUGUCCCCACCUUCUUCUUCCAGCAAGUGCAACCCUUCUUUGACAACAUUUUUGUGGCCGUGUGGGACCCCAAGCAGGCCAUCCGAGAGGGAGCUGUGGCUGCUCUUCGCGCCUGUCUGAUUCUCACCACCCAGCGGGAGCCGAAGGAGAUGCAGAAGCCCCAGUGGUACCGGCACACAUUUGAAGAAGCGGAGAAAGGGUUUGAUGAGACCUUGGCCAAAGAGAAGGGCAUGAAUCGGGACGAUCGGAUCCACGGCGCCUUGCUGAUCCUCAAUGAGCUUGUCCGAAUCAGCAGCAUGGAGGGAGAGCGUCUGAGGGAAGAGAUGGAAGAAAUCACGCAGCAGCAGCUGGUGCACGACAAGUACUGCAAAGAUCUCAUGGGCUUUGGGACGAAACCUCGCCACAUUACCCCCUUCACCAGUUUCCAGGCCGUGCAGCCCCAGCAGUCCAACGCCUUGGUAGGGCUGCUGGGCUACAGCUCUCACCAGAGCCUCAUGGGGUUUGGGGCAUCCCCCAGCCCCGCCAAGCCCACCCUGGUGGAGAGCCGUUGUUGCAGAGACCUGAUGGAGGAGAAGUUUGACCAGGUGUGCCAGUGGGUGCUGAAAUGCAGGAAUAGCAAGAACUCGCUGAUCCAAAUGACAAUCCUUAAUUUGUUGCCCCGCUUGGCUGCAUUCCGACCUUCUGCCUUCACAGAUACCCAGUACCUUCAAGACACCAUGAACCACGUCCUGAGCUGCGUCAAGAAGGAGAAGGAACGAACAGCAGCCUUCCAAGCUCUGGGACUACUUUCUGUGGCUGUGAGGUCAGAGUUUAAGGUCUACCUGCCUCGUGUGCUGGACAUCAUUCGAGCAGCCCUGCCCCCUAAGGACUUUGCCCACAAGAGGCAGAAGGCAAUGCAGGUGGACGCCACAGUGUUCACGUGCAUCAGCAUGUUGGCGCGAGCAAUGGGGCCGGGCAUCCAGCAGGACAUCAAGGAGCUGCUGGAGCCCAUGCUGGCGGUGGGCCUGAGCCCUGCCCUCACUGCUGUGCUGUAUGACCUGAGCCGCCAGAUCCCCCAGCUGAAAAAGGACAUCCAGGAUGGGCUGCUGAAGAUGCUGUCCCUGGUGCUUAUGCACAAACCCCUCCGGCACCCUGGCAUGCCCAAGGGCCUGGCCCACCAGCUGGCCUCCCCUGGUCUUGCUGCUCUACCUGAGGCCAGUGAUGUGGGCAGCAUCACUCUUGCCCUCCGAACUCUUGGCAGCUUUGAAUUUGAAGGCCACUCCCUGACCCAGUUUGUCCGCCACUGUGCGGAUCAUUUCCUGAACAGCGAGCACAAGGAGAUCCGCAUGGAGGCUGCCCGCACCUGCUCGCGCCUGCUCACUCCCUCCAUCCACCUCAUCAGCGGCCAUGCUCAUGUGGUUAGCCAGACCGCAGUGCAAGUGGUGGCCGACGUGCUCAGCAAGCUGCUCGUGGUUGGGAUAACCGAUCCUGACCCUGACAUCCGCUACUGUGUCUUGGCGUCCCUGGAUGAACGCUUUGAUGCGCACCUGGCCCAGGCAGAGAAUUUGCAGGCUCUGUUUGUGGCCCUGAACGAUCAGGUGUUUGAGAUCCGGGAGCUGGCCAUCUGCACUGUGGGCCGACUGAGCAGCAUGAACCCGGCCUUCGUCAUGCCUUUCUUGCGCAAGAUGCUCAUCCAGAUUUUGACAGAGCUGGAGCACAGUGGCAUCGGGAGAAUCAAGGAACAGAGCGCCCGCAUGCUGGGGCACCUGGUCUCCAAUGCCCCCCGACUCAUCCGCCCCUACAUGGAGCCUAUUUUGAAGGCUUUAAUUUUGAAACUAAAAGAUCCAGACCCUGACCCGAAUCCAGGCGUGAUCAAUAAUGUCUUGGCCACAAUAGGGGAACUGGCUCAGGUUAGCGGUCUAGAAAUGAGGAAAUGGGUUGAUGAGCUUUUCAUUAUCAUCAUGGAUAUGCUCCAGGAUUCCUCUCUGCUGGCCAAGCGGCAGGUGGCGCUGUGGACCCUGGGGCAACUGGUGGCCAGCACUGGCUAUGUGGUGGAGCCCUACAGGAAGUACCCCACCUUGCUUGAGGUGUUGCUGAAUUUUCUGAAGACCGAGCAGAACCAAGGCACACGGAGAGAGGCUAUCCGUGUAUUAGGGCUUUUAGGAGCUUUGGAUCCCUACAAGCACAAAGUGAACAUCGGCAUGAUUGACCAGUCCCGGGACGCUUCUGCUGUCAGCCUGUCUGAAUCCAAGUCAAGUCAGGAUUCCUCUGACUACAGCACCAGUGAAAUGCUGGUCAACAUGGGAAACCUGCCCCUGGAUGAGUUCUAUCCUGCUGUGUCCAUGGUGGCCCUGAUGCGGAUCUUCCGAGACCAGUCCCUGUCUCACCAUCACACCAUGGUGGUCCAGGCCAUCACCUUCAUCUUCAAGUCCCUGGGGCUCAAGUGUGUGCAGUUCCUGCCCCAGGUCAUGCCUACAUUCCUUAACGUCAUCCGGGUCUGUGACGGGGCCAUCCGGGAAUUUCUGUUCCAGCAGCUGGGAAUGUUGGUGUCUUUCGUGAAGAGCCACAUCAGACCUUACAUGGAUGAAAUCGUCACCCUCAUGCGAGAAUUCUGGGUCAUGAACACCUCAAUCCAGAGCACAAUCAUUCUUCUCAUUGAGCAAAUUGUGGUAGCGCUUGGGGGUGAGUUUAAACUCUACCUGCCGCAGCUGAUCCCUCACAUGCUGCGUGUGUUCAUGCACGACAACAGCCCAGGCCGCAGCGUCUCUAUCAAGCUGUUGGCAGCAAUCCAGUUGUUUGGUGCCAACUUGGACGACUACCUGCAUUUGUUGUUGCCUCCGAUCGUGAAGCUGUUUGAUGCCCCUGAAGUCCCUCUCCCAUCUCGAAAGGCAGCGUUGGAGACAGUGGACCGCCUGACCGAGUCCCUGGAUUUCACAGACUAUGCCUCCCGGAUCAUUCACCCAAUUGUUCGAACCCUGGACCAGAGCCCAGAGCUGCGUUCCACAGCCAUGGAUACCCUGUCUUCACUUGUCUUUCAGCUGGGUAAAAAGUACCAAAUUUUCAUUCCAAUGGUGAACAAAGUUCUGGUGCGACACCGAAUCAACCAUCAGCGCUACGAUGUGCUCAUCUGCAGAAUCGUCAAGGGAUACACCCUUGCUGAUGAAGAAGAGGACCCCUUGAUUUACCAGCACCGGAUGCUGAGGAGUGGCCAAGGGGAUGCACUAGCCAGUGGACCAGUAGAGACAGGGCCCAUGAAGAAACUGCACGUCAGCACCAUCAACCUCCAAAAGGCAGCAUUUUCUCUGCUCCCCUCUGCCUUCAGGGAUCUUUUCAACGCUGCAUUUGUGUCCUGCUGGUCAGAACUAAAUGAAGACCAGCAGGAUGAGCUCAUCAGAAGCAUCGAAUUGGCCCUCACCUCUCAAGAUAUUGCCGAAGUCACGCAAACCCUCUUGAACUUGGCUGAAUUCAUGGAACAUAGUGACAAGGGGCCCUUGCCAUUGAGAGAUGACAAUGGCAUUGUCCUGCUGGGUGAGAGAGCUGCCAAGUGCCGCGCAUAUGCCAAAGCACUGCACUACAAAGAACUGGAGUUCCAGAAAGGUCCCACCCCUGCCAUCCUUGAGUCCCUCAUCAGCAUUAAUAAUAAGCUUCAGCAGCCCGAGGCUGCCGCCGGCGUGUUAGAAUAUGCCAUGAAACACUUUGGAGAGCUGGAGAUCCAGGCCACAUGGUAUGAGAAGCUGCAUGAGUGGGAGGAUGCGCUUGUGGCCUACGACAAGAAGAUGGACACCAACAAGGAUGACCCAGAGCUGAUGCUGGGCCGCAUGCGUUGCCUGGAAGCCUUGGGGGAGUGGGGGCAGCUCCACCAGCAGUGCUGUGAAAAGUGGACCCUGGUGAAUGAUGAGACCCAAGCCAAGAUGGCCCGGAUGGCUGCUGCAGCUGCAUGGGGCUUGGGUCAGUGGGACAGUAUGGAAGAGUACACCUGUAUGAUACCUCGGGACACCCAUGAUGGGGCGUUUUAUAGAGCCGUGCUGGCAUUACAUCAAGACCUCUUCUCCUUGGCACAGCAGUGCAUCGACAAGGCCAGGGACCUGCUGGAUGCUGAGUUAACUGCCAUGGCAGGAGAGAGCUACAGUCGGGCGUAUGGGGCCAUGGUUUCUUGCCACAUGCUGUCCGAGCUGGAGGAGGUUAUCCAGUACAAACUUGUUCCCGAGCGACGAGAGAUCAUCCGCCAGAUCUGGUGGGAGAGACUGCAGGGCUGCCAGCGGAUUGUGGAGGAUUGGCAGAAAAUCCUGAUGGUGCGGUCCCUUGUAGUCAGUCCUCAUGAGGACAUGAGGACCUGGCUCAAGUAUGCAAGCCUGUGUGGCAAGAGUGGCAGGCUGGCUCUGGCUCACAAAACUUUGGUUUUGCUCCUGGGUGUUGAUCCAUCUCGGCAACUUGACCAUCCUCUGCCCACAGUUCACCCUCAGGUGACCUAUGCCUACAUGAAAAAUAUGUGGAAGAGCGCACGCAAGAUUGAUGCUUUCCAGCACAUGCAGCACUUUGUCCAGACGGUGCAGCAGCAGGCCCAGCACGCCGUGGCCACCGAGGAUCAGCAGCACAAGCAAGAGCUGCACAAGCUCAUGGCCCGGUGUUUCCUGAAGCUUGGGGAGUGGCAGCUAAAUCUCCAGGGCAUCAACGAGAGCACUAUCCCCAAAGUGCUGCAGUACUACAGUGCCGCCACCGAGCACGACCGCAGCUGGUACAAGGCCUGGCAUGCAUGGGCGGUGAUGAACUUUGAAGCCGUGCUCCAUUACAAACAUCAAAACCAAGCCCGUGAUGAGAAGAAGAAACUGCGUCAUGCCAGUGGAGCCAACAUCACCAAUGCCACCACUGCUGCCACCACAGCUGCCACUGCCACUGCCAGCACAGAGGGCAGCAACAGUGAGAGCGAGGCUGAGAGCACAGAGAACAGCCCCACCCCAUCACCUCUGCAGAAGAAGGUCACUGAGGACUUAUCCAAAACGCUCUUGCUCUACACGGUCCCUGCUGUCCAAGGCUUCUUCCGUUCUAUCUCCUUGUCACGCGGCAACAACCUCCAGGAUACACUCAGAGUCCUUACCUUAUGGUUUGAUUAUGGCCACUGGCCAGAUGUCAAUGAAGCCUUAGUGGAGGGGGUUAAAGCCAUCCAGAUUGAUACUUGGUUACAGGUUAUACCUCAGCUCAUCGCAAGAAUAGAUACACCCAGGCCCUUGGUAGGACGGCUCAUUCACCAGCUCCUGACAGACAUUGGUCGGUACCACCCCCAGGCCCUCAUCUACCCCCUGACGGUGGCUUCCAAGUCUACCACAACAGCCCGUCACAAUGCAGCCAACAAGAUUCUGAAGAACAUGUGUGAGCACAGUAACACCCUGGUGCAGCAGGCCAUGAUGGUGAGCGAGGAACUGAUCCGCGUGGCCAUCCUCUGGCAUGAGAUGUGGCAUGAAGGCCUGGAAGAGGCGUCUCGUUUGUACUUUGGGGAGAGGAAUGUGAAAGGCAUGUUUGAGGUGCUGGAGCCCCUGCAUGCGAUGAUGGAACGGGGCCCCCAGACCCUGAAGGAAACAUCCUUUAAUCAGGCGUAUGGCCGAGAUCUGAUGGAGGCCCAGGAGUGGUGCCGGAAGUACAUGAAGUCGGGGAAUGUCAAGGACCUCACCCAAGCCUGGGACCUAUAUUACCAUGUGUUCAGACGGAUCUCAAAGCAGCUGCCCCAGCUCACAUCCUUAGAGCUGCAGUAUGUUUCCCCAAAACUUCUGAUGUGCCGGGACCUUGAAUUGGCUGUACCAGGAACGUAUGACCCCAACCAGCCAAUCAUCCGCAUUCAGUCCAUCGCCCCAUCUUUGCAAGUCAUCACAUCCAAGCAGAGACCCCGGAAGUUGACUCUCAUGGGCAGCAACGGCCAUGAGUUUGUCUUCCUCCUGAAAGGCCAUGAAGACCUGCGGCAGGACGAGCGAGUGAUGCAGCUCUUCGGCCUGGUCAACACCCUUCUGGCCAAUGACCCCACGUCCCUGCGCAAAAACCUCAGCAUCCAGAGGUACGCUGUCAUCCCUCUGUCGACCAACUCGGGCCUCAUUGGCUGGGUGCCCCACUGUGACACGCUGCACGCACUCAUCCGGGACUACAGGGAGAAGAAGAAGAUCCUCCUCAACAUCGAGCAUCGCAUCAUGCUGCGAAUGGCUCCAGACUAUGACCACCUGACUCUGAUGCAGAAGGUGGAGGUGUUUGAGCAUGCCGUCAACAACACAGCUGGGGACGACCUGGCCAAGCUGCUGUGGCUGAAGAGCCCCAGCUCAGAGGUGUGGUUUGACCGAAGAACCAAUUACACUCGUUCAUUAGCGGUCAUGUCGAUGGUUGGAUAUAUUUUGGGCCUGGGAGAUAGGCACCCAUCCAACCUGAUGCUGGACCGGCUCAGUGGGAAGAUCCUGCACAUCGACUUCGGGGACUGCUUUGAGGUUGCUAUGACCAGAGAGAAGUUUCCAGAGAAGAUUCCAUUUAGACUAACGAGAAUGUUGACCAAUGCUAUGGAGGUAACAGGUCUGGAUGGAAACUACAGAAUCACCUGCCACACAGUGAUGGAAGUGCUUCGGGAACACAAGGACAGCGUCAUGGCCGUGCUGGAAGCCUUUGUGUAUGACCCCUUGCUGAACUGGAGGCUCAUGGACACAAAUACCAAAGGCAACAAGAGAUCCAGGACAAGGACAGACUCCUACUCUGCGAGCCAGUCCGUAGAAAUUUUGGAUGGUGUGGAACUUGGGGAACCAGCCCAUAAGAAAACGGGGACCACGGUGCCAGAAUCUAUUCACUCUUUCAUUGGAGACGGUUUGGUGAAACCAGAAGCCCUAAACAAGAAAGCUAUUCAGAUCAUUAACAGGGUUCGAGACAAGCUCACCGGCCGGGACUUCUCUCAUGACGAUACCUUGGACGUCCCAACACAAGUUGAGUUGCUGAUCAAACAAGCAACGUCCCAUGAGAACCUCUGCCAGUGCUACAUUGGCUGGUGUCCCUUCUGGUAACAGCAGCCCAGGCGUCUCCUCCAGAGCCUUUCUACUUUGGUCUGUACUUCCUCUAAAAUGAAACCAUGGUCAGAAAGUUCAACUUCGUUAAAUAUUUUUAAAUGUAACUGAAAAGAACUACUGUAUAUUGAAAGUUGGCUUGAACCAACUUUCUAGCUGCUGUUAUAGAAGAUAUCAGAAACACGGGCUUGAUUUGGUUCCCAGGACAGUGCAACAGUCACGCAGCACAGAUCAGGCCGCUGACUCUGGGAACAGGAGAUCCAUAACUAGAGAUACGGGUUUUGCCUUCACUCACAGAGCUGGCCGUGGCAUGUGCUGGCAGAAGAAUGACCAGGUCGCCCCCUCAGUGUCAGUGUGGGGACAGCAAGUGUGGCAUAGGAAAGCUGGACAGAGGAGGCCUCAGUUGGCAUCCUGGACCCAAAAGAAGCUCGUGUCACCACUCGUCAGUACUGUUACCUCACUGGUCCCCGGGCAGCAGCGUCAGCAUUUGCAGGGUGGACCAAGAUGGGUGGCCAAGGUCUGUCAUUACUUGACCCAGUGAUGCUGCGACUCACACUUCAACCUAAGCCCUGAGCUGCCAGGAGGGAGUUCGUUCAGAUGCCAGGAGGCCUUGGCCAACAGGGGACACUGAAGGCACGUGGCAGUGUCUCAGUGAGGUCCGAGCAUGCUGUGUUUAGAGCAGGGGAUCCUGCACACGACUGCUGUCCCAGAGGUGCUAAACACAGGCAGGUUAGGACACGUCCAAAGUUGUGAGCAAAUAGGCAUCUGGCUAAAUGCACAGUAUAAAGUAUAGCCACACGUAGACACCACAUUGUAUCUGAAUAAUUUUUGUGCCAAUAAAUGACAUCAGAAUUUUAAAAACUUGUA